AUAUAGAUAAUAAUAAAAAAAGUAAAGCAGCGGAAAAGUGUGGAAAUACUCAUAAAAAUAACUCACGCUGCUUCCAUUCUAAAUACCGCGUUGACAGCCACAAGUGGCAAGUGGCAUAUCCAGAGCCCAAGGAGCUCCAGCUGUCUGUCUACGCGAGUGAUUCACUUAGAUCGCCGGAACACCAGCAUCCGGGGGAGCCUCUCGAGCCACGAGAAGCGUCCUUGACUUGGAGUGGACGGAAAAACAUUGGAGUGAAGAGCCCACCAGCCCCACUCGGGCUCCCCACACCACAGCGGAGAAGACUUUUGAAAAAAAAGGCCCAACGAUGAAUUGGAUGCGCGUGCUGCUAAUCGGGUUGACCGCCUUGGCGCUGACAUUCGUGGAGGUUGCAUCACUCUCACUGGAUCCAGUUGCUUCAGCUGAACUGGAACAGUUUAUACGAAAAGGAGAUGUGGUUAUAUCAACACGCCAUAUACGACCUCGUCGUAAGCUACACAUCUCCAUAGAGGCCCUCUUCAUGAUUGAUUUCCCCAUGCUGAAGCACAAGAUGUCCUUCUUCCUGGACCGCAAACAGCAGCGUGUCACUCUGGACAUCAGUGCCAACGGCGCCACCGAGUCGCGCAACUUCGAGAUACCCAACAUCAACGAGACCAGCACCAUCAGGUCCCUGGCUCUGCAGUUCUCCAAGAAUCGCAUAACCCUCUAUGUGGACUGCAAGGCGAGCACGCAUCACGACAUUGACAUGAACCUGGCCAAGUUGUACACCCAAAUGGACGAUCCGGUGAUUAAGCUGUUUCGUGAGCGCAAGUAUCCCCUGCUUUUCGACGGGGACAUGGAGCAUUCCCUGCAGCGGGCCAAUUGCCAGAAGGGUCUCCAUCGGCGGGGCAAUCGCCGCAUGCUGCGCAACAAGAUCACAGAACGUGAGAAAAACAAGAAGCGUGAUGUCCGUUACUGGAAUGAGCCAACGAUCGCCGGGGAUAGAGUCCGGGAGGAUCACAGACAUCAGGAGGUGCCUACUGAGGUGGAGCGUGGUGAUAUCCCUGUUCUGCAUGGCGAUUGUGAAGACGCCCUCGCACGCUCGCUGAGCGAUUUACUGGCAUUGGUUAAGCUCCUCCGCGAGGACGUCGCCCACCAGCGCCAGGAGAUAGCCUACCUGCGGAUGCUCUUGGAGAACUGUGCCGGCUGCAAGAAUCCCCUGAGUCCAGAUAACCAAUUGCGCCUCGAAGACUGCCGCAACGCGAAUCCUUGUUAUCCAGGAGUGGAGUGCCUGGACUCGGCGUCUGGUCCCAGAUGUGGCCAUUGUCCCAUUGGUUUCUUCGGAGAUGGCAAGACCUGCAAGCCGGGCGUCACCUGCGCCCAACUGGUGUGCUAUCCAGGCGUUCAGUGUCGUGAUACCGUGAAUGGGGCGCAGUGUGACUCCUGUCCGGUUGGCUACGAAGGUGAUGGACGCACAUGUUCCCUACGAAAUCCUUGCCUGGACACCCCAUGCCCCUCAGGUGCUCAGUGUCUCCAGGUGGGUUUCCCGCCUUACUUCCAAUGCAUAUCCUGCCAAAAGGGUCAGGAGAUCAAUGGCACCAGCUGCCGGGACGUGGACGAGUGCCGUCUGUAUAAUCCCUGCGAUGAGCGCACAAUCUGUACUAACCUUAAUCCUGGCUUCCAAUGUGGUCCCUGUCCUCCCGGCUAUGAUGGAGUGCAUGUCCAUGGUUACUAUGCUGAGCAUCUUUCGGUGGACUACCGCAGACAAACCUGCCAGGACGUGGAUGAAUGCCUAUCAGGAUUCUUUCGAUGUCCUGAAAAUUCCUUAUGUAUCAACGAACUUGGCUCAUACAGAUGCCAGUGCUUUGAAGGCUUCGUGAAGAACGGCACCUACAGCUGCCUGGAGAGAUCCUCUGUGGCUGUCUGUCCGGAUGGAAACAUAUGCGACCGCAAUGCCCAGUGCCUUCUGUUGGACAACCAGCGUUUCAAGUGCCAUUGCAGUGUGGGUUGGGCGGGCAACGGAUUGGUGUGUGGAAGGGACCGGGAUCUGGAUGGCUGGCCGGACCAGUCACUCUCCUGUCCAGAGCUCCACUGUCGAAAGGACAAUUGCCCAGAUCUGCCCAACUCAGGGCAGGAGGACGCCGACCUGGACGGCUUUGGCGAUGGCUGUGACGAAGAUGCUGACGGUGACCUUGUGUUGAACAACAAGGACAACUGCCCACUGAGGUACAACACCGAACAGGUGGACUCGGACGGGGAUGGGGUGGGCGAUGUGUGCGACAACUGCAUUCACAGACACAAUCCCCGCCAGGAGGACGCCGAUGGAGACGGGCGGGGCAACGAGUGUGACGAGGACGCGGAUAACGACUCGAUACCCAACGGGGAAGACAACUGCCCACUAUUGGCCAAUCCCAACCAGGCGGAUGUGGACAACGACGGCGUGGGCGAUGGCUGCGAUAACUGCCCCACCAUCCCCAAUCCCACUCAGGAGGAUCGCGAUAUGGACUUUGUGGGCAAUGCGUGUGACAGUGGCAUCGAUGGCGAUGACGAUGGCAUCCAGGACUCGGAGGACAACUGUCCAAUGGUAAGCAACUCCGAUCAGCUGGACACUGAUGAGGAUGGCAAGGGCGACGCCUGCGAUGACGACAUGGAUGGCGACGGUAUUCCCAACUACAGGGACAACUGCCCGCUGGUGAAGAACCCGAAGCAGCUAGACUUUGAUCGCAAUGGCAAAGGGGAUCUUUGCCAGGAGGACGAGGAUGAUGACGGUGUGCCAAACAUUAUAGACAAUUGCCCCAACAACUCGAUGAUCCAUCACACGGACUUCCGAACCCUCCGCACGAUCGCCUUGGAUCCGCAUGGCGAUUCGCAGCAGGAUCCCAACUGGGUGGUCCAUGCCAAUGGAACUGAGAUCGUCCAGACCCUCAACUCGGAUCCUGGCCUGGCUGUGGGUCGCGAUUCCUUCGGUGGCGUGGACUUCGAGGGCACCUUCUACGUAAACGAUGACACAGACGAUGACUAUGCCGGGUUUGUGUUCAGUUAUCAGAGCAACCACAAGUACUACGUGGUGCAGUGGAAAAAGGGCUCCCAGACCUACUGGGAGGCGGAACCAUUCAUUGCGUCCGCCUCCCCGGGCAUCCAGAUCAAGCUGGUGGAUAGCCUCACGGGCCCGGGGUCCAGGAUGCGAAAUAGCCUGUGGCAUGAAGGUGAUACUCCUGGCGAGGCGCGAUUACUGUGGAAGGAGCCGCGAAACACCGGUUGGAAAGAGCGCACCCCCUACCGCUGGUCACUGGUGCAUCGCCCGGCCAUCGGCCUCAUCCGCCUGCAAAUGUUCGAGGGCCAUCGGCUAAUCAUCGACUCGGGCAACGUCUACGAUUCCACGUUGAAGGGCGGACGACUGGGCGUGUUCUGCUUCUCCCAGGAGAUGAUUAUAUGGUCGAAUCUAAACUACAAGUGCAACAACCAUGUGGACUCCUUCAUCUACAAUGAGCUGCCUGAUCAUCUCAAGCUGAAAGUUGAGUUGCAGAACUGAAGAUGCCUUCAGGGGCUAGAGCCUCCCUUGCCAUCAUUUUUAACCAAAUUACUAUUUAACAUUUAACUAAAUAAUGUACUAAGUAAAAAAAAAAGGU